GAUCCGGUGAGCAGAACCCGGGUCGUCUCCAAGCCACACCGGCCCCGCCGCCCCACGCACCAUGGCACAAGCGGCCAAGCACCUCCGCAAGAACAAGGAUUUAGAGGCUGCCUUAGAGCAGGAGCGCAAGGAGAAGGAGGAGGAGAAGGCCAAGAGGAGGAGCCGCUCUCGGGACAAGAAGCGCAAGGCCCACGCCGUGCAUCGCUGGCUAACCGAUCAGGACAGUAGUGUGAGCUCUGACAUGCCCGAUGGCCACGGAAUAUGGCACUUUGACGAAGAAGUAAAUAUCCGCAACACGUAUCUGCCCUUUCCUUUCUUAAAUAUAUAUAUGUGUGUUUGUGUACAUAUAUAUCUAUAUAUAUAUCUGUAUGUAUAUAUAUUUAUAUUCAUUAUAUAUCCUCCUGUUACUACAAGUGUGUGUGUGUGCCACUGUUGUUGUUUGUGUCGUGGCGGUUGUGUUGACUCUGGUGUUGCCGUGGUGACGUUGGUCAGGUAUUGUGGUUCCAGAGGAGCUUCCUGUUCCUGUCCUUGCUUUACGUAUUGUAGACACGUGCGGUUUGAUUUCUUUAUUUAUUUGUUGUUCUUUGGGAAGGUGGUUGUUAUACUUUGCGUUCUAUAUCCUGAUUGUGUAUCUGUAUUUCUCUCCCUCUCUACUGUACAUUACGCUCUCUAUAUCAAUAAGUGUUUGUUUGGUAUUUAUCUAUCUAUUAUCAAUGUUCACAAGCAGCAUAUUACACAUGCAAGAGUCCACGGGCAAAACAUAGGCUUUUUCUGCUAUCUGACGCAGUCCUCCUACUCUCAUCUCCAGUACCCCUCAGUCUCCAUGUUCCUCCGCUCCCGAGAGGAGUGUCCUUACCUGAUUGGACUAGCCCUUACGGGGGUGCAUCCAUCAAGUCUGCUGGUAGAGGAGCAGGGGAAGGGGGUCAGGAGGAGCUCCAGGUCACGCUCCACCUCCCCCCCGUCCCACACCAGUCUACUCUGCUUUCUUUUUCUGUCUUUCUCUCUCACGGCCUCCCUCCACCUCUCCCUCUGUCUCUCUCUCUGCCUCCCUCCCUUCCUCCCUCCCGCCCUCCCUCCCCCCUCCCUCUCUCAGAAUGGGCUCAACGGGCUGCACUUGGCUUCUAAAGAAGGCCACGUUAAGAUGGUGCUGGAGCUGCUGCACAACGGCAGUCUGGAGACCACCACAAAAAAAGGGAACACAGCUCUGCAUAUCGCCGCCCUGGCGGACAGGAGAGUGGUGGCCGAGCUGGUGAACUACGGGGCCAACGUUAACGCUCAGUCUCAGAAGGGCUUCACACCCCUCUACAUGGCCUCUCAAGAGAAUCAUCUAGAGGUUGUGAAGUUUCUCCUUGAGAACGGAGCCACUCAGAGCAUUCCAACUGAGGAUGGCUUUACCCCUCUGGCCGUGGCUCUUCAGCAGGGACACGAGAACGUUGUCGCCCUGCUCAUCAACUACGGCACCAAGGGCAAAGUCCGCCUCCCCGCGCUGCACAUCGCCGCCCGCAACGACGACACGCGCACCGCCGCCGUGCUGCUGCAGAACGACCCCAACCCCGACGUGCUCAGCAAGACUGGCUUCACCCCUCUUCACAUCGCAGCGCACUACGAGAACCUCAACGUGGCCCAGCUGCUGCUCAACAGGGGGGCCAACGUCAACUUCACCCCCAAGAAUGGUAUCACUCCCCUCCACAUUGCGGCCAGACGGGGGAACGUGAUCAUGGUGAGGCUCCUCCUGGAUCGAGGAGGACAGAUCGACGCCAAGACCAAGGAUGAGCUCACCCCCCUGCACUGUGCAGCCAGGAACGGACAUGUGAGGAUCAUCGAGAUCCUGCUGGACCACGGGGCCCCCAUCCAGGCCAAGACCAAGAACGGCCUCUCCCCGAUCCACAUGUCGGCGCAGGGCGACCACAUGGACUGCAUCAAGCAGCUGCUGCAGUACAACGCAGAGAUCGAUGACAUCACCCUGGACCACCUGACGCCCCUGCACGUGGCGGCCCACUGCGGCCACCACCGCAUGGCCAAGGUGCUGCUGGACAAGGGAGCCAAGCCCAACUCCCGCGCCCUGAAUGGUUUCACUCCGCUGCACAUCGCCUGUAAAAAGAACCACAUGCGGGUGAUGGACCUGCUGCUGAAGCACUCUGCGUCGCUGGAGGCCGUGACCGAGUCUGGCCUCACCCCGCUUCACGUGACCUCAUUUAUGGGUCAUCUGAACAUCGUGAAGAUCCUCCUGCAGAAGGGAGCUUCACCCAGUGCUUCCAAUGUGAAAGUGGAGACCCCUCUCCACAUGGCGUCGCGGGCCGGGCACCGCGAGGUGGCUGAGUUCCUGCUGGAGAACGCAGCGCCGGUGGAUCCUAAGGCCAAGGACGACCAGACGCCGCUGCACUGCGCGUCUCGGAUGGGCCACAAGGAGGUGGUGAAGCUGCUCCUGGAGCACAAAGCCAACCCCAACGCCACCACCACGGCGGGCCACACCCCCCUGCACAUCGCCGCCCGCGAGGGCCACGCCCAGACCAUCCGCAUGCUGCUGGACAUGGACGCCCAGCAGACCAAGAUGACAAAGAAAGGCUUCACUCCGCUGCACGUGGCCUCAAAGUACGGGAAGGUCGACGUGGCCGAGCUGCUGCUGGAGCGAGGGGCCAAUCCCAACGCUGCUGGCAAGAACGGCCUGACUCCACUACAUGUGGCCGUUCAUCACAACAACCUGGAUGUGGUUAACCUGCUGGUCAGCAAAGGAGGCUCCCCACAUAGCGCUGCUCGGAACGGCUACACCCCGCUCCACAUCGCCUCCAAGCAGAACCAGGUGGAGGUGGCCAGCACCCUGCUGCAGUACGGGGCGUCGGCCAACGCAGAGUCCCUGCAGGGCGUCACGCCGCUGCAUCUGGCCUCCCAGGAGGGCCGCCCCGACAUGGUGGCCCUCCUCAUCUCCAAACAGGCCAACGUCAACCUGGGGAACAAGAGUGGACUGACCCCGCUCCACCUCGUGGCCCAGGAGGGACACGUGGGCAUCGGGGACAUCUUGGUGAACCAGGGGGCGUCCGUCUACGCCGCUACACGGAUGGGCUACACCCCUCUCCAUGUAGCAUGUCACUAUGGCAACAUCAAGAUGGUGAAGUUCCUGCUGCAGGGACAAGCCAACGUCAACAGCAAAACUAGGGUGGACUACACCCCGCUGCACCAGGCUGCCCAGCAGGGACACACAGACAUAGUGACCCUGCUGCUGAAGCAUGCGGCGCAGCCCAACGAGCUGACCUCGAACGGCAUGUCCGCCCUGGCCAUCGCUAAGAGGCUGGGCUACAUCUCCGUCAUCGACGUCCUGAAGCUGGUCACAGAGGAGACGGCCACCAUGACGACCACAGAGAAGCAUCGCAUGAGUUUCCCGGAGACGGUGGAUGAGAUCCUGGACGUGUCAGAGGAUGAAGGAGUUGCACAGCUAACACUAGGGGAGGAGCUGGCCACGGACGGCGCCAGGUACAUGAAGAUGGAUGACUUGAAAGACCAUGAUGACGAUUUCCUGUCCCCAAAGAAAUCCAUGGAGUACGAGAGGGGGCUAGGCACAGCGAACCUGUCCCCGUCACUCCCCAGGAUCCCCCGCGUGUCUCCGGAGACGGUGCUGCUGAAGGAGCAGGAGGUGGAGCAGCUACACACUCCUCUUCCUCUCCCCAAAGAGUACGACGACGACUCGCUGAUCCCGAGCAGCCCGGCGACUGAAACGUCGGACAACGUCAGCCCGGUGGCCAGCCCCAUACACACCGGGUUCCUGGUGAGCUUCAUGGUGGACGCUCGCGGCGGCUCCAUGCGGGGCAGCAGACACAACGGCCUGCGCGUCAUCAUCCCGCCGCGGACCUGCGCCGCGCCCACGCGCAUCACCUGCCGCCUGGUGAAGCCCCAGAAGCUGACCACGCCCCCGCCCCUGGUGGAGGGCGAGGGGCUGGCCAGCCGCAUCAUCUCCCUGGGCCCAGCCGGAAUGCAGUUCCUGGGGCCGGUGAUAGUGGAGAUCCCUCACUUCGCGGCUCUGGGCCGGGGGGACAGGGAGCUGGUGGUCCUGAGGAGUGAGAACGGCUCCGUGUGGAAGGAGCACCGCAAUCGCUACGGCGACGAGGUGCUGGAGACCAUCCUCAACGGGAUGGACGAGGACCUGGAGAGCCAGGAGGAGCUCGGCAAGAAGCGCAUCCGCCGCAUCAUCUCCACCGACUUCCCGCUCUACCUGGCCGUGGUGUCGCGCGUGCAGCAGGAGAGCGACCUGAUUGGCCCUGAGGGGGGCGCCCUCACCAGCAAGCUGCUGCCCAUGGUGCAGGCGUCCUUCCCCGAGACGGCCGUCACCAAGAGGGUCCGCCUGGGGCUGCAGGCCCAGCCGGUUCCAGACGAGCUAGUGGCAAAGCUGCUGGGAAACCAGGCCAACUUCAGCCCCGUGGUGACGGUUGAGCCGCGCCGACGCAAGUUCCACCGGCCCAUCGGCCUGCGCAUCCCACUGCCCCCAUCCUGGAGGGACAGCCCGCGGGACGCUGGGGAGGGGGACACCACCAGCCUUCGCCUCCUCUGCUCCGUCAUAGGAGGCACGGCCCCGGCCCAGUGGGAGGACAUCACCGGCACCACCAAGCUGCUCUACACCAACGAGUGCGCAAACUUCACCACCAACGUGUCCGCGCGGUUCUGGCUGGCGGACUGCCCCCGGACGGCGGAGGCAGUGGCCUUCGCCAACCUGCUGUACCGAGAGCUGUCGGCCGUGCCCUACAUGGCCAAGUUUGUGGUGUUCGCCAAGAUGAACGAGGUCCGCGAGGGCCGCCUGCGCUGCUACUGCAUGACGGACGACAAGAUGGACAAAACCCUGGAGCAGCACGAGAACUUCAACGAGGUGGCCCGCAGCCGGGACAUAGAGGUGAUGGAAGGUAUGCCUCUGCACCUUGAGUGUUCAGGGAACCUGGUGCCCAUCAGGAAGGCCACCCAGCAGCCUCGCUGCUUCAGCUUCCAGGCCUUCAAGGAUAACAGGCUUCCUGUCUCCGUCAAGGUGAGAGACAGCAGCAAGGAUCCCACUGGAUAUUUGUCGUUCCUCCGCAAGUCCACCAAGUAUGAAGACAGCCAACAAGUCCUCUGCAACCUCAACAUCACCAUGCCCCCGUGCGCCAGGGCGGUUGGGAGUGAAGACCGGAGACGCACACUGACCCCACUAGCUCUGAGGGAGAGAUACAGCGCUAUGAAUGAGCCGGCCAUGGCGGCCAUGACUGCCAUGGAAAGGACAGAGUUAAAGAUGGCUCUGAUCGCAGAACAGCUGGGACUGAGCUGGGCUGAGCUAGCCCGUGAGCUCCAGCUCAGUGUGGAUGACAUCAACAAGAUCCGGGUGGAGAACCCCAACUCGCUGUUGGAGCAGAGCUCUGCGCUGCUCAAUCUAUGGGCUACCAGGGAGGGCAAGAGGGCCAAGAGUGAGUACAUGAGAAUGGAGAGUCUGUACGUGGCCCUGAAGAGCAUCGACCGCAUGGACAUCGUCACCAUGCUGGAGGGGCCGCCCCCCCAGUCCCAGGGCCGGCAGGGCUCUCGGGAGCUCAACCGCUGCCGGCCAAGCGAGAGAGAGCACCUCUCCCCAGGCCUGACCAAUGUCUCCCUGGCUGUGUCUGCUGCUGCAAACUGUUAUGGGCUGGUGCAGGACGAGCUCCUCUCACCGGCCUCCAUGCAGUACAGCCUGCCCUCGCCGCUGGGCGCCGAGCCCUUCUGGCAGGAGGUCUCCAGCCUGGAGUGCGCGCCCAUCGCCACCACCGAGGAAGACACGCUCAUGGAGAUGUCCGACGUGCAGGUGUGGCCCUCGGGCAACAGCCCCUCCCUGGUGGCCGUGGAGGACUCCUCGCUGGAGUGCAGCCACGCCGACGACUUGGAGGGCACGCCGGGCACGCCCCACGGGGGCCCGUGCCGGCCCCCCAGCCAGGCCAGCGCGGGCGGGGGCGGGGCGGGGCUGGGCCACGGCUCCAUAGAGCUGGCCGAAGACGACUCGGAGAUGGGCGUGGACUCGCUGAGCACCGCCACCGCCACGCCUGGCUCGCUGGGGGGCACCAUCGCCGGCUUCAAUGCCAACGGACUGAAUCGCGGUCAGGGGUCAGAGGUCAAUUCGGAGGCUUUGGCGUUUGCGAGCAUGAACAGCGAAGAUGGAACCAGGGGAGGAGGAAGAGGAGGAGGAGGAGGAAGAGAACAAGGAGGGCCGGGCUCAGAGGAAGGGCUUUCUCUCGUUGCAGGACAGCAGAGGGUGUACGCGCGGCUGAGCGAGUCCCCAGGUCUGAGCAAUGUUACGGACCGGAGCGCAGACAGGUCAGGGAGUGGAGGCGGUGGAUCUUUUCUGUCCUACCUGCAGGAGCAGACCGGGCCCGGCUGGAUGCCCGUCACCGACCCCACCCAGGCAUGGGUGGGCACCCAGGCCAGGCCCCGGCAGGCCGUAGACAGCGUGGCGUCGGCGGUGCGGGACGUGAGGGACGCAGACCCGGUGCGCCUGUCCCAGGAGGCCCUGCUGCAGCCGGUGAGGGACAUGGGCCACUCUGAGAUCCUGAGGGGACACUUCAGAGGCACGCAGCCCUUUGAGAAGGGGCUGGGGUUCCCCCACCGCGUCCCGGACCUGAGGACCUGGGACGACGUCCGCCUCAGGGGCCAGAGAGGAAGAGAAGGGGAGACGAUGUGGGCCCUGGUGACCGAGCUGCUGUUCAGCCUGGUGCUGCUGGCCUUCCUGGUGAUCAGCUGCCAGAACGUCCUCCACAUCGCCAGCGGGGCCGUGCGCUCCGUGCUCUCCUACGUGCACGCUCAGCUUGACCGCCAGCUGGGGGAGGGGGAGGGUGUGGCCGACGAAGAGGAGAACGUGACCACCAGGGUGGUCCGCCGGCGAGUCAUCCUCAAGGGCGAUGAGGUGGAGGACCUCGCUGGGGAGCACGUCAGUGAGGAGCAGUUCACGGAUGAACAUGGAAAUAUCGUCACUAAGAAGAUUGUGCGUAAGGUUGUGCGCCGAGGGAAGGGGUCAGGUGAGGAGGGGGGUCAGGAGGGCAGCCUGGAGGGUUCUCUGGAGGACACCAACGAGAUGGAGGGCGACCUGGAGCAGCUCAUGAACUACGCCGUCCUGGGUCGCGACAGCAGCAAGCCGGAUAUUAUGGAUGUGAAGAAAGGGGCUCAGAUAGUGCAGUGUGCCACUCUGCGGCGGGUAAAGCAGUGAGGCAGACAGAGGGGCGGAGCCCUGCAGGGCUCCCCACAGGAUCUCCCAACCUCACCGAAACCAUCCUACAUAGACACAUGACGGACAACGGGGGGUGGCGGAGAGACCUCGGAGGAGGAGCAGCGGACACCGACGAAACGUACACACAGCUAGCGGCCACACGACCAUCAGCGCCGCCAACAGGAAGUGGAUCUACUGUCGUUUUUUCUUACUUCCUUUUUUUUUUUUAAGAAACUCUAAAAAAAAGAACAUGGGGUUCUAGGUUAGACGCAUGAUUUUUUCGUACAAAAAAAAACCAAACCAAACUCAAACAAACAAAAAAAGCAACCAAAACGUGCUUCCUGUUAUCUGUUCAGCAUGCUGAUUGCUGCUGCAUGGCCUGUCUUUAGCUACCAGUACAGAGAGAUCUAGGGUGGGGGGGCCGGAGGGGACGUCUAGGCUCUAAUGCCACGUAGGGUUCGUCAGACUGGCCCUUUCUCUCCAUUACUCUGGGAAAAGAAAAAAAUGUGUGUGAAUUUGCAUAAUCUCUAGGCAACAGGUUUGUAUCUCUCCAUAUUCCCGCCAGUCGGACCACAUCACAGACCAGUAUGCCAAACCACCACGUCCACGUCCCAGUUCUCCAAAUCCAGCACGCUACACUACCACCAAAGGAAAGCUGUGCUGUACAUAACCUGGUGUUGGGAUGUGUACCUCGUGUUGUUCGUGUUGUUAGGACCCUACACCAUCACCAUGCUGCUCUUCAGAACCUGUGGUGUUACUUUGUGUUCAUCUGGCUUGUUCCAACCUAACUCUAUAUAUAUAAUAUAUAUAUAUAUAUAUAUAUAUAUAUAUAUAUAUACAUAUAUAAGAUAUAUACUAUUAUUCUAUCUACAUCUCCUGAACCCUAUGUGCACGCGAACAAGCAGACCUCUGUUGUGUUGCUCUGUAUUAUUGGUCCUUUAUGUUGGUGUCCGGAUUAGUGAUUUAAACAAGAUGCCACCCUGCACCUUCUGACCAAUCACGGUCUGGAAGGCACCAGUGGGCUCCACCCCCUCGCCCGUCUCUCCCCUCGGACCUCUGAGGGAAGCCUUUUGUAGUAGAUGUAGCAGCAGUCUUGUCAUCCCCCAACAGGAUUUCACUUCCACUUAGUAGCUUUAAUGUCUGACGUGAAUCUUGACCUUACAGUAGUAGACUGCUAUUAGUACUCAUGGAGUGGUACAAACAUAUAAAGAAUUUCAGCAACUACUGUUGAUGUCACUUUGAUGUUGGGUAUAGGGGGGGAAUCCUAACGGUUAUAAUGUAGCUAUGAUGUGGUCAGGGAGCUGGACCGGGGCUUGGAGGGCCGGAGUCCAACGUGUCUGAGCGCUCGUGUUGAGCAUCAAUGUUUGUUUUCUUGACAGUUAAGGACAGUCAGUCGCCGAUCACUGUGAUGAGAAACUGUAAUACUGACCCCGUUACUGUGAGCCUGGGAACCUGCUUCCUCGCCCUGGUUCUUGUCUCACUUCCAAACCUUUUAGUUCAUACUUUACUGUCCGACCUUCAGAAGCAAUAAGAACUAUGAGCGGAUGUGUGUGCGUGUGUGUUGCUGCGUGUGAUCCCAUAUCAUAUUCAAACUUAAUUUUCUCUUCUAACCAUAGCUAUACACUUCUAUUAAAAAUGAUGUCAACACAUUACUGUUUAUCUAAGGAGCCGUAUUGUUUAAGGAACAGGGAUAGUUUGAGUUUAUCUGUAUAUCCCCCGUCAUGCUGCCCAUGGUUUUGCAACAUCCCUCAUCAGGAGGAUGUGUCCUUUAUUUACGCCUUAAUAUCAUUCAUGCUGAGCUCAAAAGAAGUUGAAUGUUUGUUUAUUUGCGUGUGCAGACGAACGUGUAUGUGUGUGCGUGACAGAGAAAGUGACACGGACACACAAGAGAAAGGUUUUUUAAGAAUCACCAACUCAGUAAUGCAAUGAGGAGAUGGAUAUAUAGCGACUGCAUAGAAAUAUUUUUGGAGAAGGAACUCACGACAUACAAGACAGCGAUCCACCCAGCAUGUUUUUUUGUACAUACCGGAUGCUUUGGUUUUCCUACUUCAUGGACCAUCACCUCGUUCUAGUUGCCGCACAAAUAUGUAAACUCACAAGGACUCAACAACCGCACACCUUCGAGGUUUAGUUCAACUCUGCAGCCAGACAUGACAUAGAGGAAUGUAACUUCACAACAUACACGUCUGUAGAACUGCUCGAUUCUCCUUUGGAAGAUGACUCCUGGCACUCAGUUAUUUUACACCCUGUGCUUUCCUUUUCAUUUGAAAUAUACUGAUUAUCUUCUAUGACGAGAGAAACACAAGAUUGUUUACGGAGUCAUUAUCUACACCUAAAUUGUGUUACUUUUUCUUUACUGCAUCCAUGGCUUCUGCUCAAAAUAUUCUCACUUUUUUCUCACAAGCAUUUCGUGAUUGAGAAAUGUUUUUAAAUUCUAAGUGUGAAUGGGUUUUAUUUUAUAGGACACUUAACAAAAGUGAUAACGUUGGUGGUGCAGAUUCAUCAAAUAUAUUUUUCAUUUUGAAAAAUACAAUACAAUAACAGUCAAUACGGUUGAGGUGCACAGUGAUGAGGAACAGUCAACGAAUAGCUUUGUAGCGGUUGAGAGCUGGAUGCAACACAUGUUUUUAUUAUUAUUCUUAGGUCCUGGUUAAUAGACUCUGACAGGCUCUGCUCGCCCAAUAGGCCACUAUGAGAUGCUCCUGACUGUAAGAUCUGUUGUCUCGAAGAGUGAAGGAGCAUAUCAUCAACACUAGAACGUAUCAACCUCCUCGUGGUUUCAUGAGUUGUAGUUCUGAACAGGAGCACCACUCCUGAAGCCAGCCCUGACCUGGAGGUGAGAGAGCGUUGAGGACUGAGUGUUUCUGAGAGCAGGCUUGAGGGACGUUUAGUGAUCCAACUGUUGGCUCGGUGCACUCAGCAGCCAGACUUUCAAGACGACAAGCAUUACCCCUCAACACAGCAAAACCUUCCUCAAUCUACCGCUGCCCCCACCCAGCUUCUUUUGCCAAAUAGGAGCCUCUCAGCAGGGUGUAGGGCUGUCCGCAGGGGUCUGGAACCAGACGCUAUCCAACGGGCCGGGACAGAGAAGGCCACAAGUGCACGGAGACAUUGGAGCGUCAGAUGUGUUCAACCAGAGGAAGAACAACCAACCAAACCUUGCACUUGUGGAAUAAUGAGACGAAGACAUGCAUCUAGUUCAUGCAAAAAUAUUAUACUGUUGCAAAAACUAGAGAUCACAUGUAUAUUCCUUUUAGAAUGGAUUGAAGAUAUUAUUAACGCAAUAGCAUAUUACUCAAUACUAAGGAAUGCAACUGCGCACAUGCACAGAAUAUGUUUUUGACAUAAAAGCUAUAUAUAUAUGAAAUAUAUGAAAAAUCUCUAUAUAUAUAUAUUUACUUAGAAUGCUAUGCACCCUUACUUAUCAACUGGGAUUCUAAUUAUGUUAUGGAUGUACUUUUAGCAUCAUACAGCUGUAGCUACCAGGGACCUGCUCUGGGUAAUGCCUGCACCCUGGGGGAAUAGGGGCCUUGUGGGGAUUUUAACUUGUUGGUUUGCUUUUUUUUAUUGGUAUGGAGAGUCAAAUAUGAAUAAAAAAUAUAUAUAUGUGAAAGCCUUUUAAUCAAAUAAAAUUGGAAGACAUCUGUUGAAAAAUUUACUCUGUACACCAGCUCAACAUUUGCAAAAUUAAUAAAGAAAUCAAACAGUUA